AAAAAUACAGGAGGAGCAGGAUGGCAAACGUAAAUUGAACUAAAAGAAGAAGAUCAGUCCCUAAGAAGAUGGAAAAUAAAUUUAGUAAAAAAGCAAAAUAAAGAGCGACUAAAUACGCAACAAGUCUACGACCUGACAAAGCUUUUAAGUUUUAACCAACCCAACCCCCCCUUGAAGCAAGAACACAGUGUUUGAUGGGAUAAAAAUCUCAAACAAAACAUUAAAAGCAAAACCCAUCAUCACUACAAAUUUUUGUUUUGGUUCUUGUGGUGUUGGUAGGGGACUAUGUAUUUAUGGAUAUGAAUUGCUGUGUUUAAAUUUGAAGGGCCUUCAAAAUCUGGCAAAUUUCGGGGAAUUGAGACCUCGCUUGUCCUUUAAGCAAGCAACAUCUGACUUUUGUAACAAAGACGAAGUCUGCAGGCCUUGGCGUCGUAGAUUAUCUAUGGCUUUCACCUGGGGUUCUGCUCUUCGGAUCACUCUUUUGAUUCUUCUUUUUGCCGCUAUUGUUUUCGCUUGUUUUACUCUCCCUGUUGAAAAGAUAUUGAAGGACUUUCUAAUAUGGGUUGAACAGGAUCUUGGGCCUUGGGGUCCGCUUGUGUUGGCUGCUGCAUAUAUUCCUCUGACAGUUUUGGCAGUCCCAGCAUCCGUGCUUACUCUUGGUGGUGGUUAUCUUUUUGGCCUGCCAGUGGGUUUUGUUGCAGAUUCUAUUGGUGCAACUGUUGGUGCUGGAGCUGCAUUUCUUCUUGGCCGAACGAUUGGUAAAUCGUUUGUUGUUUCUAAGUUGAAAGAUUAUCCACAAUUUCGGUCAGUUGCCAUCGCCAUUCAGAGAUCUGGUUUUAAGAUUGUUUUGCUGCUUCGGCUUGUUCCAUUGAUCCCAUUCAAUAUGUUGAAUUACCUCCUAUCUGUGACUCCUGUUCCGCUAGGAGAAUACAUGCUAGCUUCCUGGAUAGGAAUGAUGCCGAUAACUCUUGCGUUAGUUUAUGUCGGAACGACUCUCAAGGAUCUUUCUGAUGUGACACAUGGAUGGAACAAGUUCUCUAAAACUCGUUGGGCAUUUCUCAUUUCAGGUCUUCUGGUAUCUGUAAUUUUACUGGUUUGUGUUACGAAAGUUGCUAAGUCUGCUUUGGAGAAAGCUUUGGCCGAAGACAAGGAUAUAGAUGGUGUUUUAGGCUCACCGCAGCUGCCAAUCGUGGGUGAAACACCUGUGGAUCUCAAUCAACCUCUCUUAAUCAAGGUAGAGAAUGUAGAUGACAAUCAUGAAAAAUGAAAAAUCUAAUAUUUAUUUGUAAAUUAUACUUUUGACCUUUUGAAAGCUACAUGCUAAGUUAAGGCAUAUGGUGAUUGCCAUUUAUGAUCUGUAUAGUAGUAGUUGGUUUGUUCAUGAUUGUAUAGUUUUGGAAGAGUUAGCUGAUUUCAAAAUUAUGUAUCAUUUCAGAGUAGCUUGCAUCUUCAAUUUAAAACCAUGGAGUAAUAAAAACAUUUGAUUGAUUGUUUUCAAA